AUGGCUCCUCUAAAUGAUGACAUUAUCCUACUUGUCAGCGAGCACAUGGAUGAUCAAAGGGAUGGGCUUCGGCUUCUCCAGGUGUGCCGUCGAUGGUACUCGUUACUUCUCCCCCGAGUCUACAAACGCAUCUCGCUUUUCAACCAGCAGAUCUACCUCCUCGCUCGUUCCAUCAAAGCGAAUCCUAAGAUAGGUGCUGCUAUCCGAGACCUAGAUCUUCAUUGGUGGAGUGGGCCUUUGCGCACCAAGCAUUACGAUUUGGAUAUGUUCAUGGAAACCAUACAACAAACGAGCCAUUCCAAACCAGACCGUCAGAGGUGGGAAAAUGCUUUGCGACAAGGAUGUCCGGAUGCAUGGCUUGCAGUACUUGUACUGUCACUGGAGUCGGUCACCACCCUGUGUAUGCUUUUCCCAGGCUGGUCGCCUUAUUUCAUCCCCCUGGUGACGCAAAUCGCCGCCCAAAAGGAGCCAUUUGAUUCACACCCAGUCUUGCAGAAUUUGGAAACGGUCACAGCCUGGAGCGAAGAGGAUGAAUUCUUCUACCAUGAGAUCGAUUUUCGCGCUUUCUUUUAUCUUCCGGCAAUGAAAGAGCUCUCGGUGCAACAUAUCCUCGCAGCCGAAGUUCAACGUAGUUUCUCGAUUGCACCUGCGCUGGGGACAUCGGGAAUCAGGAAAAUUCAGUUGGAGGGUAUGGCUGAGGGGGGCAAAGGCAACCAAAUCGCUUCCUGUGCCAACCUGGAGAUCUUCGACUAUCACCAUAGCCAACAUCCCAUCUGGGGUUCUCUUGCUCCCGGUAUCUAUGAGGCACUUACCACCCAGAGACAUAGCCUCCAGGUCCUUCGGCUAAGAGAUAGCCACGAGUUGCCAUCUAUUCUCUGGAAUGAGGAGUUUGAACCCUUUGAACUCCCGGGACCAGCUGAGUUUGGCUCUCUGGCUGAGUUUUCACAGCUUCGUGAACUGAGGAUACCAGUAUUUCUGCUCUUGCGGUUUGAUUUUAACAUCUUACCGAGGGUAUCCCUUCCAGAGGUACUACCAUCCAGCCUUCAACAUCUGAACCUCACCCACUGUUUUGAGUAUGCCUUCACUAUUGUGGCCAAGAAUCUGGAACUCCUGCUAGCGCAGCAAAAAGAGCGAUUCCCAAAUUUGGGAAACCUGGAAGUCCAAUCCAAUGAUUUUGUAUUGGUUCCCGAGGCCAGUUCGGCUCACCCCGCGAACCAGCUUGUUCCAGCAAGUACACCACAGGCGUUUGUGCCAGUUGAGAUGCUAUGUCGGCGACUAGGGAUCCAGUUCAAACUCAGCAAUCUUAGCUAG